AUGGCUUACCAAUCUGUUCUGAUUGUUGGUGGGCGUGUUGACCAAGAAUCAGAUAAGGAGAAGUUGUCAAAGCUCGUUUACGAUGGCUUGUUGGCUGCAUUUGGUGGGAAUUUGGAAAAGUUGGAUGCACAAUUUCUAAAUUGUCUAAGCAAACCUGUGAAUGCAGUUGAUAGUAAAGAAUAUGGUUUAACGCUGGAAUAUCUGUUAGAUGAGAAUAUUUUCAUUCGUGUAUUAUGCAAUCCAACAUCAGAUCAAUUACGUUUUGGUUUACAAGAAGCAUUUACUCAUGCAAUUGGCCAAAAUGAUUCGAUUGUUGAAUAUCCAGUUACACCAUCCACUUUGGGUAAAGUAUGCGUUGUGUAUAAUGGUCAAUUGAAUGGUUUCACUGGUGAAUGGCUAUUACGCGAUUCAUCAUUCAGUGGUUAUAAUCUCCUAUUAUGGCUUGAUAGUGAACAAGCUAUGAUGAGUUGGUGGCCUUAUUUAAAGAAAUUUUCCAAUUUCGGUGAUCAAAUUCACUUAAACAUCAUCACACCGUUUGCUGGUACUGGAACAUGUUGGCCAGUCUAUAAAUCUGGUCAUCCACAUACUAUUCUAACACAAAUCAAUGCACGUUUAGUGAAAAUUAAAAUUCUUAUUGAAGCAAGUUGGCGUUUCAAUGGAAAGCCACUAAAUAUUCAUGGAAAUUUGUCUGGUUUUGAAGGAUUACGAUCAUUUGUUGAUCAAAUUAUCAUAAAUCAACAUCCAAUCACUAAAAUACAAUCGGAUUCUUAUAUUCUAUCAACUGGUACUGCAUUAAACACAACACGACCAGUAAUCUAUGUAUUCCCUAGUCAUGGAAUAGCAUCACAAUCAUGUGCUUUAUUUGCUAUACAAGGUUUUACAGCACUUCUUGGUGGUAGUUAUCCAUUACAAUCAAUGGUACCGAAUUGGUGGCCAAUGGUGAAACAUUUACCAAAAUUAGAUGUCGCUCUUCUUCCGGAUUGGUGUGCAUCGAACAUUUUGACUUAUCGUUUCAUGAUGGAAUUAUUGAAAUCUGAAGGACAUGAUUCCGCCUCUUCUGCUGCAGCCUGUGGUAGUGGUGGUAUCUUAGGUGAACUAUUGGUAGCCCCACUACAUGGGAAUAAUAUUUCAUCAACUGAAGAAUCAUCUGAUCUAUCCACUGGUUUAAUACUCACUGCACCAUCCACUAUAUCAGGUCUUCAUCAAGCCAGUUGGUCUACUUCUACUACUACAACUACAUCAUCACAUCUUUCAAAUGAUACCAUUCCAUCAUGCAUAGUGUUAUAUUCAAAAUUAGGUUGGGGUGAAUUAAAACUUCAACCAUUGUCUCAUUGUUCUGGUUUAUUACUUAUACUAGAAUCAGCUGUAAAUAAUUUCCCAUUACAUCAACCAUUAUGCAUUGUUAUACCAUCUACACCACCUAGUAAUAUUGAUCCAAUGCAAAGUUUAACACGAUUCAUUAAAGGAUUAUGUCAAAUUACACAAUUAUCUGGUCCAAUAUUAAAUCGUACUCAUAAAUCAAAUGUCGGCAUGAAAUCUAUUGGUAUGACAAAACAUCAACUUAUACGAAAUCAACCUAAUGCUGCUACACGUCUUACUAAUAAACCCAACUCUCAUUCAACACCAAUGAAAGAGACAAUCGCAUCGAAAACAACCAACAGUAUGCCGACAAAUGUUAAAUCAUCACCGACCAAAGUGAUGUCAUCAACUCCUGUUCAUCAGCAACGAGCACCAACGACAACAACGACUACUGCUACUACCGCUACUACCGCUACUACUACUCCAUCGAAGACAUCUUCAUUAUCAUCUCAAUUGAAAAAAUCCAUGAACGGAAAUGUAUCCAACACGAAAUUAACGCAUAAUUCACAUGGAAUUGAUUCUCAUCCGAAACGUCCAUUGUCUUCUGUUGAAAUGACCAAGAAAUCAUUGACUACAUCGAAAUCACAUAGUACAACUACAAAACCUGUGAAUACAGAGUUGAAAAGUACAACAACAACAGCACCGACUCGACCAUCGUCUACAUCUAAAACAACAUCAUUAACAAAGUCAAAAUCUACUACUACUACUACCACCACUGCUGAACGUUUAACAGCACAUUCUAAUCUUGUUAAUCAGCAUGUAUCGAAAGCACCCCCGCGUAAAUCAGACACCACAACAACAGCCCACUCAGCAGCCGCAAAUAAAUUACCGAUAAAGAAAACGUCUAGUUUAAAUGUGAAAAAUCAUCAAUUACGUAAUGCUAAACCUAUUAAAGAAGAAUUAGAAAUCAAUGAACAUAAAACAGAAUCAGUUCAUCCCAGUCUACCUUCUGUUACAUUACAGAAUAUUUCAUUGAAUAAUGAAUUAACCCCUGUCGAUCCAAUGUUGAAUAAAUUGAUGCAAUCAUCUGUACAUGAUGCUGCAGAAAAUUCUCAAGAUAAUUUAUCACUGAUAAAUUCAAAUGCCAUCAUUGAUAAUCAACCUAUCACUGUGACAGAAACAUUAUCAGAACAACAAGAAGUAGGAGAAGACAAAGGUGAAGAAGUGAAAGGUGAACAACCAUCACAGGAAUUAGAUGAUGACCUAUUGCGACAAUCUCAACAGGAGGUAGAAACUGUUGAAGUAGAAGGAGAGCUACCGCAAGAACUGCGUUAUGACGUAUUGCAACAAUCACAACACGAAGUAGAAACUGGUCAAGGAGAAGGAGAGCAACCACAGGAAUUAGAUCAUGAAGUAUUGCGACAAUCUCAACAGGAGGUAGAAACUGUUGAAGUAGAAGGAGAGUUACCGCAAGAAUUACGUUAUGACGUAUUGCAACAAUCACAACACGAAGUAGAAACUGGUCAAGGAGAAAGAGAGGAACCACCACAACAGGAAGUAGAGGGAGGUGAAGUUGAAGGAGAGCAACCACAAGAAUUACAUCAUGAAGUUUUAAAACAAUCAGAACAACAAGAAGUAGACGAUGAAAAACCACAAGAAUUACAUUAUGAAGUAUUGCGACAAUCUCAACUAGAGGUAGAAAUUGGUGAAGUUGAAGGAGAGGAACCACAAGAAUUACAUCAUGAAGUUGUAAAACAAUCACAACAGGCGGUAGAAGAAGGUGAAGAUGAAGAACAAUCACAGCUGUCACAUUAUCAAGUGAAAGAGGGUGAGGAAGGUGAAAGCCAGCAAUUGCAGGAAUUACAUCAGGAAGUAAUGCAACAAUCACAACACGAGGUAGAGGUAGGUGAAGUUGAAAGAGAAGAACCACAAGAAUUACAUCAUGAAGCUGUAAAACAAGAAGUAGAAGAAGAAAGUGGAGAAGGUGAAAGUGAGCGAUUGCAGGAAUUACAUCAUGAACUAUUGCGAAAAUCUCAACAGGCGGUAGAAGAAGGUGAAGUUGAAGGAGAGGAAUCACAAGAAUUACAUCAUGAAGCUGUAAAACAAUCACAACAAGAAGAAGAAGGUGAAAGUGAGCAGUUGCAGGAAUUACAUCAUGAACUAUUGAGACAAUCACAACAGGAAGUAGAGGGAGGUGAAGUUGAAGUAGAGGAACCACAAGAAUUACAUCAUGAAGCUGUAAAACAAGAAGUAGAAGAAGAAAGUGAAGGUGAAAGUGAGCGAUUGCAGGAAUUACAUCAUGAACUAUUGCGACAAUCUCAACAGGAGGUAGAAACUGGUGAAGUUGAAGGAGAGCUUCCACAAGAAUUACAUCAUGAAGCUGUAAAACAAUCACAACAGCAAGAAGAAGUAGAAGAAGAAGGUGAGGAAGCUGAAAGUGAGCAAUUGCAGGAAUUACAUCAUGAACUAUUGCAACAAUCACAACAGGCGGUAGAAGAAGAAGAAGCUGAAGACAAAGUACAAUCACAGCUAUCCUGCCUUCAAGGAUUGCAACAAUCACAACAACAAGAAGUAAUAAUAGAGUCAGCUGAAGAAGAAUAUAAAGUACAUAAAGUUAUUAAAGAAAAUCAAAUGUUAGCAGAAGAAUCCGAUGAACAAUUGAAUUUUGAAUUAGAAUGUGAAUUAAAACAAACUACACCAUUAUCAUAUAAUGAUGAUUCAUUUAUUGAAGGUGAUGAUCAAGAUGAACAACAAGCACAUGAGAUAGUCGAAGAACAAGAAGAAGAAGAGCAGGAGGCGAUGAAUCUUGAUGUUGAAAGACAACAAUAUGAACAAAAUCAUAUAACAAAAGAAUCCAUUGUCUCUUCAAUAGGAUUACAUAAUGCACAAUCUUAUAAAACUCCAUUUGACACACCAUUUGAUGUCGAUGAGAUGUUAUCAGAAGAAUCAUCAAGAGUUCAUGAAAUUGAUACAGAUAAAUCUGUUCUAGUCACUGAACCUUAUUCAUCUGAACAAUUUGAACAACAACAAACAAUUGAACAAUUCCAUACUGAUGACAAUCAUGAAAAUGAUAAUAUGUUUGAUAUUGAAACUGAUCAACACAAAGGUAUUCAACAAUCAUCAGAAAUAGAAGGAGUAGUUGUAACACCUGAAAAUAUUAUUCUUACUCAUCCUAAUGAUGAUGAUAACUCUUUAACUAUCAAACAAAACAAUGAAACUUUCAAUUUAGAUGAACAAAAAUUCUCAACUAUUAAUAAUGAUGAUUUUGUUGUUGUAAAUAACUACUUAAAUGAACUAGAUCAUUCUUUAAAUAAUCAACAAUCAAUUGAACAAAAUCAAAUUUCACAAUAUUCAUGUGAUGAUAAUAAAGACAAGAUGUUACAAAAAGACAAUAGAAAUGAUGAUAAGGAGGAUGUUGAAUAUACUGAAAUUGUCGAAAUUCCAUCUCAACCAAUUCAUAAUGAUCAAAAUGAUUAUCUCUGCACAGAUCCUGUUGAAUAUUUCUUGAAGAAGAACCAAGAUAAAAUGUCAACUGAUACAAAUGAUGAAUCUGAUCUACGAAGUCAUCAAUCACACACAAUGAAUGAAUUGUUUCAUGACAAUAUCAAUAAUGUACAGUAUGUUGAAGGUGAACACAUUCCAGAUUAUCGUCAUCAAGAUCAAGAAAAUGAUAUUAUUGAAGAACACGACGAACGGCAACAACAAUUAUCAUCAGAACAAAAACAAAUUGACAGUGUAAUGAAUGAUGAUUAUGAAGAGCAGGAUGUGGAGAAAAUUCCACUCACUAAUCGUAAUCCCAUUGAACAAGUAAACAUGAUCAGAUCAAAUGAUUUUCUUACAGAAAUUAUUCCUUUAUCUGAUAAAGGCAUGAUUCAUUCUUCACCAAUGGAUGUUAUUCAACCAGUUGGAAGUGAAUUGAUUACUGACAACAAUCAAAUAAACAUUAAUCUUAUCUCUGGUGAACAAAUACAUUUCACAGAAGAAGGAGAAGCAAUAACUGAUCUUGAUGAUACACAGUAUGACGGUGGUGAUUAUGUCACAGAUCAUUCUAUUCAACGAUAUGAUAAUGAACAAGAAGAAGGAGAAGAAGCUGACAAGGCUGAUGAUGUGAAAGUAACCAACCAAACUGAAGAACUAACAGAAAUGUCAACUGAGAAUGAUACACCAUAUUCCAUUGAACAUUAUGACUAUGUACCACAACCACAACCAAUAGAUCAUGAGAAACAACAAACUGAAGAAGAACCAAUUCAUUCAGAUAUUGAUGAAAUGGAAAAAGAAUUUAUUAUACCCAGCCAACAAAAACAAAUUCAUGCUGAUGAUGAUGAUGACCAUGCAACAAUGGAUGACUAUCAUAGUCAUAGUCAGUUGAGUUCACAUGAAAUGCAAUCACUACAACAACAAACUAUCGAACUGGAGAAGGAUAUUCCAACAGAUAAUACAACACUAACUACUACUACUACUGAUCAUCAUGAUUCUACUACUGGCCAUGAUCAAGUUGAUUCAAGUACCGAUCAAUUACAAGUUGACCAUAUCAUAAAACAACAGCAACCAAAAGAAAUCGAUACAUAUCAAUGUGAAGAAGAAUCCUAUGAUAAUAAAGUGGAUUCCACAACAACCACCGCCAACUAUGAUGAAUCACAUUUUGCUGUUGUAGAUCAUGAUCACGAUGAUGCAGGAGACGAUGCUGUGGAUGAUGAUGUGCAUGACAGUCAUGUUGAUCAUAUUCAUUCGAAUGCUUAUGAACAAGUGAUUCAUACUGGAUUACAUGUAAAUACAAUGUCAAAUAUUGAUGAUUAUCAACAACAAUUACAACAGCAACAGCAAUUUAUUAGUCCUAAUUCAGAAAUUUCCGAAGAUUCCAUUAUGCAAAUGUCAAAAUUCCAUGAAGAAUGUGAAGAACAAGUAUACAAUGAUCAACAAGAUGAACCACAUUCUGAAGCUGUUUCAUCUAUUUCAAGUCCGAAUCGUCCAAUUUCACCAAAUCAAAAUAUUGUCAGUUCAACAAAACAUCAUCCAAAUGCAGAAGAAGGAGAGGAAGUGGAGGAUGAUGACGAGAACGAAGAGGAAUAUGUCGGUGAUGAUAUUGUCAUACAUCAUAAUGAUGAAGUGAUCAUGUGUCAAGAGUCAGAAACAGAUCUCCUCUAUCCAUAUGAUCAACAAUAUCGACAAAAAUUAGUUGAUAUCCAUGAAAAUCUUGAUGAAAAUAAUUCUACACUCAAUGGAUACAGUGUCGACCAACACCACCACGAACAACAACAAGAACACCUUUAUUCUGAAGUCUCAACUAAUCACAGUGCAGAAAUAAUGAUGCCAAAAGCGGACAUGACAAUGUCAACCGAUGUAGAUGUGACUGCUAAUCAUGAUGCUACUACAACUGAUCAUAUUCAUACUCAUGUAGAAGAACAAUAUUUGAAUGGAAAUACAAUUUAUUCGACAGAUAACAAUAUAAAAGAUGAUAACGGUGAUCAUUCAGCACCAACUACUAAUCACUAUCUUCAUAAUAAUGAUAUAUAUACAAAUGGACAUGAUAAUAUCAAUGUGAAUGGUAAUGAUUAUUGUGAUUUGAAAACCAAUGAAGUGAUUGGCAAUGAGGAUAAUCAAGGAGAUAACAAUCAUUCAAAUCAUUGGAAUAAAAGUACUAUUCAUUAUUUAUCCGAAACAGCAAUCAAUGAUGAUAUGAACUUUACAAAUUUCUCUUCAAAAACCACAGCCAAUGAAUAUAUGAAAGCAGCCAGUAUGGCACAUUCUUAUCCUGGAGAAGAAAAUGUGGAAAAUGUUUCAGAAGAACAUGCACAACACAUGAUGACGAUGAUGAUGUCUACAACUAGUCCGCCACCAUCUGCUGCUACAUUCACAACUGGUGCUAGUCCAUCGAAAGACAUGGAAACGUUUGAUAAAUUUUUCAUUGAUCACAAUCAAACAACCCCAUCGGAUUUACAUCAGAAUACUACGUCACCUUAUUGUAGUCCAACAGAAGAACCAUUUGAUCCAAUGAAAAUAUGGGGUCAUCCACUUGGUCUCCCAGCUCCAGUACCACCUAUAACAAGCCAACAUUCAAAGUUACCAAAUCACCAGUCAACUUUGACUAAACGUAUGCGAUCAACUGAUACAGCUGGGCGAACAUUAACAACUGGUGAUUCGAACGAUUCAACUCUACCGCCUGGACCACCAGUUUAUUUGGAUGCCAUAUGGGUACCUAGUUAUCUAGUUCGUGUACCGCAUCCUUUAAUUGUGGAGUUUUUCAUUCGUGUCCGAGCGAAAUUAUACAUUUUAUCCGGUGAAGCAUUACAUCCUUCUAUUGCUGAAGCACUGAUUACAGCUAAAACAAAAUGGAAUCCAGAUGAUAUAUAUGCAUAUGCAUAUACAUAUUAUUUCCUCAAUGUGAUAUUUAUUGAUUUAUUGCCGAAAAUGCACCGCUUAUUUGCUGAUACACCUAUACACACAAAAAACAUACCUACACACAAUCAUUUACAAUAG